GGAUAAGGCUGCUGACCAGAGGGGCAGGAGCGAGCAUCGCGAAGGGAUGCCAAUGCCUCAGGGCUCACACUGCUCUGCCGACGUCUCGCCCGAAGAGGACGAGGACGAUGCCGAUGUCGAUGUCGAUGAGAACGGCCAGUAUAUCCCUCCUCGCGCAAACUGGGCUCGCCCCAACCCUGCCACUACCACUCAACAGACUUACGGCGUCCCCCCACCUGGCCGUUCAGUCUCGUCAAGCGUUUACUCGCAGAGUAACGUCCCGUCGACCCGGACCCGCCGGCCGGCCAGCUCCGUCAUCCCAGGCCUGCCACGGCCGAGCGACUACGCCAGCAUCACCCAAGCUAACGCAGCCGCCAUGGCCGCGCCUUCAACGGUUUAUAUGGACCGGAGGGACGGUCGUGGCCGGCAGCAGCGGCAGUCUAUGGCUGCUGCGUCUGCAGUUGCCUCCGAGUGGACAGAUGUUUCGGUUCACACAGUUACGCCGGGGGACCGGGAGCGGGAGCCGCGGGCUAAUCGUAACAGGCGCCAGUCGGUUAACACGCUCGAUACGGUGCGGGAGGAGCCGCGGGAUGAUCGUCACCAGCGGGAACCAGUGCCGCGGGUUGAUCGUAGCUCACGGCAGCUGCAGCGGUUGGACGAACAGUCUGAAGAUGCUGAUGCUGCCACGUCCACCAAUCUCACCAGGUGGGAAGAUUUCUACAGACCCGAGGACCGCACUCCUCCGCGGCAGCAUAGGUCUAGCCGCGAGAAUCACCGGAACAGGCAGAGCCGCGGCCAGGAUCAGAACCCCCAGAACCGUGAGCAUCAUCACAGGCAGAGCCGCAAUCCGGGUCGGAACCAGACCCAGAACCGGAACCGGGCCGAGUCAGUUGCCGAGUCCGCCGUCACCACCUGGGAAGAGAUUUGCAGGAAGUGGGUGAACGAAUCAGCGCCAGUGGUCGAGGAUAUUGGCUGAAAUCUAUCUACCCAGAAUGAUACCAACCCAGGUUACGGUUUCUUGCCUCACGAUAAGGUAAGUCAGACUCGUGACGACCCUUUACUAUGCCCCAUCCACGCUGUGACAGACUGGUUCGGCCCCCCUUUCCCCAUCAUCUUAUGUUGAGGCAGACCUGCUGCCUAGCUAGCAAAGCAGACAUCUCAUAUGCACCGUACAUAGCAUGUCAACCAUAUUACCCCUUCCACACUUGUAGAAACGACUAAACUAUCUUGAUAAAAAUGUGAACCUUCAAGUGAGCUUGGCCCAGUUACCAUACCUGAUAGUGUUUUCUGUGCAAUGGAAGACAAAGAGACAGGAUUAGAACAAUCUAAACAUUAUCAAAGUGGAUCAGGAAAGGUUAUACCAACUUGACCUGGAGAGC